AUGCCAAUGUCGAUAUGCCAGAUCUGCGGAGAACGCCUAUGUGGCAGCGACUUGUUCAGCGACCCUGCGAUGCAUUUCUGCGUUGGGCUAGACGGCCCUGCAAUCGUACAGACGACGAGCUUUGUGCCGAAAUGCUUGGACUCGGACUCUGAAGAAGAAUUCCGUGCCACCAAGAAGAAGAACGACCCAGCUUCAGCACAGCCCAAAGCUGCCUUGUCGAUACACAAUCCAGAAGACCUAGAAGAGAUUGGUCGGCUGCAAGAGGAAAUCGAGCAGCUGAGGCAGAUGCUGCCAAAUAUCGAGUCGCCAGUUCCUGCGAAGACUGCAGUCGUCGAGACUUAG